AUGAAGAGAAAGAUAACCUCCAUAUCUACUUCUUCAUCGCAACAAAUGGAGGAUGUUGUUGCAGCUACAGAAUCAUCACUGGAAAGUUUGAAUAAGAAGAUGAAACAAUAUUUGCAAUCGGAUAACAAGGUAUUGGCAAUUUCGGAAGUUAUGGAUGAAGUAAAGGAGAGUGAAGAAUUAAUUAUGAUCGGAAAGGAGCAACAAGAAAAUAUGCCAAGUGAUGACUCUCAAAUUUCUAUUGGAUCCAUUGGAUCAAUUUUGUUGGAGGAUGAAAAUUAUAUUUCUGUAAAAGAGGAUCAACCAUACUCAUCAACGGAUUUCAAUGAUGAGAAUGAAGAGGAAGUUGACCACAUAAAUACUAUUCCUGUGGUAAAUGUCAAAAUUAAAGAAAUUAACAAUGCUAUGGAUUUCUAUGGACUACCACAUUCGUGUGCUGAAUUAUUCAAAGAAGUCAAAGGUGUUCACAAGCUGUAUGAAUGGCAAGAGCAGUUAUUGAGUAUGCCAGAACUCAGGAUGGGUAAAAACGUACUGUACUCCCUUCCAACAUCAGGUGGUAAAACCCUCAUUGCAGAAAUUCUCAUGAUUAGAACUUGUCAACUAAUGAAAAAGAAAUCCCUGUUCGUUUUGCCAUAUGUUUCAAUAUGUGAGGAAAAAACUACUACUAUGGAGUUGAUAAGCGACCAAAUGAAUUUCUUUGUUGAGGGAUAUUUUGCGUCUAAAGGUAAAAUUCCAGUAGAUCCUGGAAACCAACUCAUUAUUUGUACAAUAGAAAAGGCAAACCUUAUUUUGGAUAAUUUAAUUCGAGAGGAAAGAAUACAUGAACUAGGAUGUGUUGUUGUGGAUGAACUUCACAUGAUUGGAGAAGGAGGAAGAGGACAACUUUUGGAACAAUUAAUAUCAAAAAUUUUAUAUAUUCAAAGAGAAAAGAAAACUGUAGAAAUUAUUAUAGACGACGAGUUAGAAAACACUACACAAACUAAGAUAGAAAACAUAUCAAUUCAAUUAGUUGGCAUGUCAGCCACUAUUCCUAAUCUCGAGCAAAUAGCUCAAUGGAUGGAUGCUGUAUUAUUUAAAUCUGAUUUUAGACCUGUUCCUCUGAAGGAAUUUUAUUGUAUUGGCGAGAAUGUGUUUGAUAAGGAGGGAAACACUGUUAGGACUCUCACCUCAAUUCCUUCUGAAAUGGGAAAGGGUAAGAAUGAUCCUGAUUUUAUUACUUCUUUAUGUUGUGAGGUCAUUCCUGCCAAAAGUGCUCUGAUAUUCUGCCCAAGCAAACAAUCGUGUGAAGAUUGCGUAAAACAUUUAACUUGUACAUUACCACUUUCCAAUGAUUAUGUCCAUGAGAAGAAAGAUUUAGUUGCUAACCUAAAGCUUAUUGGUACGAAUGAUACCAAUUUAUUUAAUGGAAUUAUGUACGGAGUUGUCUAUCAUCAUAGCUCUUUGACAUCUGAGGAACGACAACUCAUCGAGAAUGCCUACAGAAACCAUAUUAUUUGUGUAAUUUGCUGUACAAGUACACUUGCAGCAGGUAUUAACCUUCCAGCUGCAAGAGUGAUCUUUAACACUCCGUAUAUUGGUUUCAAACAAUUUUUAACAAAAUCUAAAUAUAUGCAAAUGAGUGGCAGGUCAGGAAGAGCAGGUAUUGACAGUUUUGGUGAGAGUUAUCUUGUAAUAUUACAACAAAUUCAAGAUGAUGGAAUAAUAAUUAGUGACGAUUUACAUAUUCUGUACGUAAUUGGUGUACCAAUUGAUGGAAAUGGACUAAUCGAGCCAAAUUAUGUCAAGUUGCUGAACUAUUUGGAACAAUGUGCAACACCACUAGAAAAAAAAAUAAUAGCUAGAAUUGGCAUUCCAGAAAAUGCAAUUCUUACAAAAGCAAUGAACAAGUAUUCAAAAAUUAGUGAUGCAGAACAAUAUACAAUUAAGAGACUAUACAAUGCAUUCAUUAUCAGAGAUUUAAUUAAUGAGAGAACAAACUUUAUUGACCAUUGUGAAAUUAAGGGAAGAGGAAUGAUACAACAAUUAAUGAGUCAAGCUUGUACCUUCUGUAGUAUGGUCCAACAAUUUUGUGAAACAUUGGAAUUUUGGCAAAUUGCUAAAAUUGCAAAGAAAUAUAUUAGAAGAAUCCAAUACGGUGUCAAGUCAGACAUAGUCGAUUUGGUUCAAUUGGAAGGUGUCAAGAGAGCAGAAAUUGCCAGAAUUUUGAAAGAAAGCAGCUUGAGUUUAGAAAUACUUUCCAAGCUUAUUUCAGAAUGUGAGGAUGAAGAAAUUCCACCCUCAUUCCUAGAAUUCGAAAAUCCUCUUUCCCUUACUAUUCACCAAAAAUUACUUUCUCAAAUACUUUCUCUUUCACAUUGGAAAGAGGAACAACGAACAUUUAUUCAAACAUAUUUCACAAUUGAAAGGGUUGAAGCAAUGGUUUACUCUGCCAAAAGAGAACUAUCUAAAAAGGCCUUCUACCUUAGACAAAAGGCCGAUACAUUGGACUAUUGA